AUGCCACACUCAAAACACAUAACUCUCCUUCUUUUACUCUUCCUCACCACCCCGGCACUCUCAGUAGAUUUAACCGAAGUAAUCCCAACUCUCACCUCAUUCGGUUCCUUGCCCGCGUUUACUCCUCCCGCGAACUGUUUUUCCCGUUCAAUCUGGUCGACCAGUCGUUUCUACGAUAAUGUCAAUAGCGCUAGUACUUUCGUCACAAGACUUUUUACGAGGUGGUAUAUAGGCUGUAAUACCGAUAAGGUCAAUGGGGGGUAUAAUACCUGUUGUCCACCGAAGUAUAAUACAUGGGGGUUUUAUGCGCCGGGGGCGUGUCCAGGGGGGUACACGAGUUUGUUGAAUGUUGCGGCGAACCCGUGGAUUGGGGAUCAGAGGGGGACGGUUUGCUGUCCUGAUAUUAAAUCGCCAGCUGGGACGACACUUGGAGGAGCCGGAUUUGCAACGUCAUUUAUAAAUCCACUGGCGAGGGAUCCGAUCAGUAUCUCGUGCUUCGAAUGGGACGAUGAUGUUUCAACAAGUGGGACAGUGUUCCAGGCCAAUUAUAAUGCGAGGGCGAUAAUUGUCUUCGGAGAGGAGAUUACAGGGACUUUUCAGUUUCUGGGAUUAACGGAUGACAGUGGCACUGCGACUCGAGCGACCAGUCCAGCGUCGAGUAGCUCCGUACGGAAUACAUCCGACCCGGAAUCUACAUCAUCAACUUCGGAAAACAUUAGUACUAGUACUACCACCCCUUCUCCGGGUUCAACUACUCCACCUAUUCCCAGUCAAACAGAAUCCUCAAUAUCUACCACAAGCUCAGGAAAGCCUACCUCCACUUCUCAGUCAAACGAUAAUGAUAAUGGUGGCGGUGGCGGCAAGAAGCAACUAAGUGGUGGAGCAAUAGCCGGUAUCGUGAUUGGUGUAGCUAUCCCUGUAAUUGCUAUUAUAGCAUUUAUAGCGUAUAGAAUGGGGAGGAAUAAACAGGAUGUUCCGAGUAUUCCGAUACAUAAUGAUCCCGAGAAUAAAGAUAUGGGGUUUGGAGGAGUUCAGGAACAGAGACAGUGGCAGUGA